AUUGAUUUUAUGACUUCAGGCUGCAUUGUGCUGAAGGUGCAGCUCAGUUUAUGAGAGUUUCACAUUGUCAACAACAAUCACGUCAGUAUGAUCAGUUCAUACUGGUUAUAAAAAUAUGUCUACGUUCAGCUAUAUUAGCUGUCAGCAGUCUGACUUAAGGUCAGGGACACCAUUUAAAAUGAAAAUAAAAUCUAUGAUCAGUGGAUUUUCUUACACUUGCAUACAUCUGGGCAGAUUCUGGCUUUUAUCCUCUGGUGUUGUCUGACAGCUAGAAGAUGGUCCAGAUGUGGAAGCAGCAUUUGACAAUCGUGAUGUAUAUGGGCCAGAUUCGGCCCGUGGAACCGGGUGUAUAAUAGGCCAGAAGAAAACAAGCAUGUGGUCCAAGUUUUGUUCUGAGCUAGAAUCCUGAAAAUAAAAUACCAGGAGGGACGUGUUAACUAUUACCAUAUAAAUAUAUAUAUUACUCUCAAAUGAACUGUGUGACCUCCUGGUUUCUUCAGCAGGAAGUGGACACCUUUCAGGUGUUUUAGGUACAAAAUAAAUCUGGCCCAUUCUUGGGACACAUGCUUGUUUUCCUAUGGCCCAUUAUACACCCAGUCCCACGGGCCGAAUCUGGCCCAUAUACAGCAUAAUGGUCAGAUGCUACUUCCACAUCUGGACUUGUCAGCUGUCAGUCAAUACAGGAGGAUUAUAGCCAGUCCAUAUACUUCCAUAUCUGGGCCAGACUCGGGCCAUGGACCUUGGCAUAUAAUGGGCCAGAACCUCUAACUGUUUAGCUGCAGCAGAGGAACACGGACUCAAAAUGUAGCUUAACUUUACACAGGCUCGCUAAAAAGAAGCUGUGGUAUUUUCUUCUUGAAUUUUCUUUUACAUCAGACUAAGAGAUAACUUCACUGCCUGUAUGGAGAGUAUGAACUUUAACAACUUGCACUUCCUUCAGUCUACAUGUGAGUAGACUGUGAAUCUUUCCUCAAACCGCACGUUGAGAGUAAAUUUACAUGAGCUGAAUGGAGCUGUAGUCUCUGUAACAGGCUCAGAGUGAUGAAUGACUUGUUAUUAUGAAAUCUAACAAAGAUGGGCGGGAGCUCCUCCUUGUUUUCUAGCGUUUCAUUGGCUGUGAGCUCACACCGAGGAGGGGGCGGGGCGAUUAAAAACCCCAAAACAUUCAGAAUCCAGCCCCGUAAUGGACGUUGGUCCCGUUUGCCGCGCUUGCGUGUGUGGAGCCAAAAUGGCCGCCGCGUAGGUCAGUUGCAGCGUUCGUUUUGUUUGGCUGGCUCACCGCCUCCAGGUGGGCGGGGCCACUGCGGGGAGCUAGAGUCACAUGAUCCGCGCAGAGCCAGGCUGACCAAUUCCAAUAUGGUGGCCAGCUUGGCAGGUCUACGGUUCCUGUUGAUGAUAUUGUUGUUCUGCGGGAUCAGGUACGGCGCCUGCAGCCGGGAAGCUCCGCCGGUCCUGGGGCUGCGACUGGAAGACCCGGCGCGUCUGGUGUGCAUGAAGGAUCGGAUCAUCUCGGCGCCAGAAGGAGCCACGUUCAAGCUCCGUCUCUUCGGGACUGAUCUGAAUGGAAGCUGGCCGUGGGUGGCGUUCGCAGGGGCAGCGGGCGGAGCGGCCGGGGCGGUCGGGGAUGCGCCCGACCCGUGCGGGCAGGAGUCCGGCCGGAAGGAGUCCGCUUUCCAGGUGACGGGGGAGUUCGUCCCGGACGAGGAGCACAGCGGGCUGAUAACGGUGCAGGUCCGGCAGAGGAACAUCUCCGCGGGAGCAGCCGGCGGCGAGCAGACCUACCACCUGUGCGUGCUGAGCGGAGGGAAAUGGGCUUCCGUGGGCCCGGACAGACUGCGGAUAAACACCGACAAGGGUCUGCCCGCAGAACACAUCCCGCCGUGGGGUCUGGCCGCGCUGAUAGUGCUGCUGCUGCUGGUGUGCGGGCUGCUGAGGACAGUGAACCUGAGCCUGCUGUGGCUGGACCCGGUGGAGCUCUAUGUCCUUCACAGCUGCGGAUCCGAGGAGGAGAAACGGGCCGCCAAGCGCCUGGAGCCAAUCAGGAGGAGGGGGAACUUCCUGACCUGCUCUCUGCUGUUCCUGUGUGCGGUGGGACACUCGGUCCUGGGUGUGCUCCUGUACCGGGCUCUGGGCUCCAUCCUCUCCGCGGUCUUCACCAGCGGCUUCCUCAUCUUCUUCCUUGCUGAGCUGGCUCCUCACAUCCUGUGCUCCGGUUAUGGCUUCCAGCUGGCGCCGGCUCUCACCUGGCUGGCCCAGGUUUGUUUGGUGCUCACCUGCCCCCUGUCCUGCCCCCUGGGGCUGAUCCUGGACCUGGGUCUGAGGAGGGACAUCAGCACCUGUGGGAUAAGAGAGAGGGCGAUGGAGAUGAUCCGCACGAGCAUCAACGACCCUUACAGUGAGUUUGUGAAGGAGGAGUUCAGCCGCGGGACGCUGCGCAUCAAGACGGUGGAGGACAUCCUGACGCCUCUGAAGGACUGCUUCAUGCUGCCCAGCUCGGCCGUGCUCGACUUCUCCACCAUGUCCGAGAUCAUGCAGAGCGGAUACACCAGGGUGCCCAUUUACGAGGAGGAGAGGUCCAACAUUGUGGAAAUCCUGUAUGUGAAAGACCUGGCUCUGGUGGACCCGGACGACUGCACCCCCAUGACGACUAUCACCAAGUUUUACAAUCACCCGCUGCACUAUGUCUUCAACGACACCAAACUGGACGCCAUGCUGGAGGAGUUCAAGAAAGGCAACUCUCACAUGGCCAUCGUCCAGAAAGUGAACAACGAGGGGGAGGGGGAUCCUUUCUACGAGGUGCUGGGAUUGGUCACUUUAGAGGACGUCAUCGAGGAGAUCAUCAAAUCAGAGAUCCUGGAUGAAUCCGACGGAUACUUGGACAGGAAAGUGAAGCGGCCCCUCCCUCAGCUGGAGAUUCCUCUGGAGCCUCGCAGCGUCCACGAGGAGUUCUCUCUGUUCAAGCCUCCCGAAGGAGAACCCAAGAUCCGCACCUCGCCGCAGCUGCUGCUGGCGACGCACCGCUUCCUGUCCAGAGAGGUGGAGCACUUCAGCCCCGCACGUGUGUCAGAGAGGGUCCUGUUCCACCUGCUCCGUCACCCCAGUGUCAACCAGGAAGUGCACUUUGACCCCGGCAACCGGCUGAGCCCGGCCCACUAUCUGUACACCCGCAACCACCCGGUGGACUACUUCAUCCUGCUGCUGCAGGGCCGCGUGGAGGUGGAGAUCGGAAAAGAGGGGCUGAAGUUUGAAAAUGGCGCGUUUACGUACUACGGUGUUUCUGCGCUAACGCUGCCAUCUUCAGUGCACCAGUCUCCAGUGUCGACCCAGCGUCACUCUCCCAGGGAUCCCUUUGAGUCAGCAGACGCCACCAGCCCGUCCAGCUAUUGUCCCGACUACACCGUCCGAGCUCUCACCGACCUGCAGCUCAUACGGGUGACACGUCUCCAGUAUUUGAACGCUCUCAUGGCGUCUCGUGCCGGCCAGAGUCCAGAUCCUCCUGAGAUUAAGAUCCUGCCCAACAGUCAGACCAAGCUGCUCAACGACAGAAACACCACACAAGAGUUUCCUGUAAACUUUUCAUUCUUUGAUACCAUUGAAAACUACUGUUAGUUUUUUUGUUUGCUUUUGUUUUUUUUUUGCAUGAGGUGGCAGUAGAGCCCAGGAAAGCUCCACAGAAGAGGAGGCUCAUGGGUAGUGCUGUUCCUUCUGCCCGCUGUUAAAACAAACAAACACCUGCUUCAACCUUUUUUAGAGAUUUCUUUUUUGUUUGUUUUUUUUUGUUUUAUUUUGAAAUUGAUGAAUCAUCUAUGGCUGGAACGUAGUUUUUGGACACGACUGGAGUGAGAGUGAUUUUAUUCGUCUUGUUGUGUAGAUCCUCUGCUCACACUUCUCACCUCCAUCCCCCAUUCCUUCAUGUGCUUUCCAUUACGAUUAUUAUUUUAUGUUGUUUUAUACACUUUGAACAAUGCGUAUAUUAUAUAUAUAUAUAUAUAUAUAUAUAUAUAUACAUUUUAUUUUGAUUUGGCGGUGCCUUUCUUCCAGGUUUAGCCUUCCAUACUGAACGCUACAUUGCCAUUCCUCACUUUUGUCUGGGUGCCAAAGUGUGUGUGUGUGUGUGUGUGUGUGUGUGUGUGUGUGUGUGUGUGUG